AUGAGCGCAACCCACGAUGCGCCAGCCCCAGCUGGGGACUCACACCUCGACUCGAACGCGCCGAACGGACGUCACGAUAUUACGACUUCUUCUUCGACCGAUGUCAGUCUCACCGAGAGAGACGGAACAACACAAAAUGGGGAGAAGGCUGUAGAAGAGGGCGCUACUGGAGCGAAUGGCGCCGCUGUUGCACCGGGCGCACCUGGUGCGCAAGAUGAAUUCCCUCAGAGAACGAAGCUACAGAUCUUCUUGAUCAUGCUCUCUCUGGCUGUGGCGGUUCUACUCGUUGCUCUGGAUAUUACCAUCGUCACAACCGCCCUACCCACGAUUUCGGCAGAGUUCAACAGCGCUUCGGGAUAUACAUGGAUAGGCUCGGCGUACCUCAUCGCACAGUCAGCAGCCACGCCAAUCUGGGGCAAGAUCUCUGAUAUCUUCGGACGAAAACCCAUCCUGUUGCUCACAAACGCCAUCUUCUUUGUCGGCUCCCUCCUUGCAGGUGUGGCUGUCAACAUGGAUAUGUUAAUCGCUGCAAGGGUGAUACAGGGUAUUGGUGGUGGAGGUCUCAUCACACUGGUCAACAUUACCAUAUCCGACCUCUUCUCUGUGCGGGACCGAGGUGCAUACUUUGGAAUCAUCGGUGGCGUAUGGGCCUUGGCGAGUUCCCUAGGACCUGUUGUUGGAGGGCUCUUCACGCAAAAGGUCUCGUGGAGAUGGUGCUUCUACAUCAAUCUACCUUUCGACGGUGUUGCGUUCCUCAUCCUCCUGUUCUUCCUCGAUGUCAAGACACCAAAGACUCCGCUCCGUGAAGGCCUCAAAGCUGUUGAUUGGCUGGGUUCGCUCGCCAUGGUCGGUGGAGUCAUUAUGCUGCUUCUCGGCCUGGAAUUCGGAGGCAUCUCACAUCCUUGGGAUUCUGCCACAGUGCUUUGUCUUAUCAUCUUCGGAGCCGUAGUCAUUGGCAUCUUCUUCGCCAUUGAGUGGCGGGUAGCACCGUAUCCUCUCAUGCCCCUCGAUCUCUUCUCGAAGCGAUCGAACUUGGCUGCAUUGGCUACCUGCUUCUUCCACUCCUUCGUCUUCAUCAGCGGCAACUACUUCCUCCCACUUUACUUCCAGGCUGUGCUUGGCGCGACACCUAUUCUUUCGGGAGUGUAUCUACUGCCUACUGCAGUCUCACUCUCAUUCCUCUCUGCUUUCACUGGCAUCUUCAUCAAGAAAACCGGGCAGUAUCUACCUAUGAUCUGGUUUGGCAUGAUUAUGAUGACACUGGGCUUUGGACUUUUCAUCGACUUUGACGUCAACAGUUCUUGGGCCAAGAUCAUCGUCUAUCAGAUCAUUGCUGGAAUUGGUGUCGGUCCAAACUUUCAAUCACCGCUCAUUGCACUCCAGAGUCUCGUACCGAAACGCGACAUCGCUACUGCGACUGCAACAUUCGGCUUUACUCGGAACCUUGGUAGCGCCAUCUCGGUCGUUGUAGGUGGGGUCAUCUUCAACAACGAGAUGAAGUCGAAGCAGUCUCAACUGGCCGCUUCGCUCGGUCCCGAAACUGCGUCGAGGUUCGGUGGAGGUUCCGCCGGCGCCAACGUCGGGCUUAUUCAGUCCCUCCCCGAUGAGCAAAAGUCUGUUGCGCGAACGGCAUUCGCAGACUCGCUGAGCACCAUGUGGAUACUCUACGUCGCAUUUGCUGUCGUGGGUCUCGUAGUCAGCCUCUUAAUCACGCGUAACAAGCUCGACAAACAGCACGAGGAGACCAAGACUGGAAUCGAGGUAGAAAAGGCAAAGAGGCUCGAGAGGGAAGCAGAGCGCGCAGAGAGGCGGAGGAAGAGGGCCAGCAAAGGGUCAUUACCGCUCGACCCUGAGGCGCAGACAAGUAAUCCUGAUGUUUCAAAAGAGAAGGAGACGGCGGUAUGA